UCAACUCUAACUCAGAGCCUUGCCCUUGUGCUGGAUGAGUUCUAUAAGAAUUUACGGUCAGUUGGUGUGUCUGCUGUUUCUGGUGCUGGAAUUUACGGUCAAGGCCAUUGAAGCAAGUGCCGAGGCUGAUCUUGACAAGAGAUGGGCAGAGAAGCAACGUUUGGAGGAAGAUCGCAGGAAGGAGAACUUCGAUAAAUUGAGGAAGGAUAUGGAGAAAUCUGGGGGAGAAACUGUUGUCUUGAGCACUGGUCUGAAGGACAAAGGAGAUAGGAGUAAAACCAUGAUGGAUGAGGAAGAUGAAGAAAUAGAAGAUGAUGAUGAUGAUGAUUAUGAGAUCCCUAUGAUGAUGAAGAUGCUAUAGAUGAGGAUGAGGAUGAAGAUGAAGAAGUUUCCAAAUUCUCCUUUUAGUACAGCUACAAUGCUAACAAAAUUUUCUUGAAGCAAAACUUUGUAUAGAAUUUUCACUAGUGACUAAUGUACUAAACCACUGAUUUAACGGCAUAUAGUUUUGCAUAACGUGUGAUUUUAGACUUAAAUUAGUGUUUUAAUAAUGUGUAGAGACUUUGCCUCUAGUAAUUUCCAAAUGUAAUCCAAAGGCUAAGAUUUUAGACAUUUGCAAAAAUGGUGGUUGAGAGAGUGAACAUUUCAUUGUUGCUAAUCAAAAUUAUGUCAAUGUUGAUAGUCA